CAUCAACAUUCGCCAUUAAAGCAUGGCGAAGUUGCUGUCAUGUAAAAAAGGAUGCUAACAAAUCUACGGUGUUUUUGAACAUGUGAAGUGACUCAGUAAGAUUCCCAGUACACUAAACUGGUCUUGUUUUCUUGGUUUAGUAUUUUGCGUUUUGAAGCUGCUACAGAGCCGGUUAAACACCAAAAUGCUCUCUGUGAAGGUCGCAUAUUUGGCUUCGGCUGCGUCACGAGCACUCUCAAAUAGAGUCAACUAUCGUAAGUUCAUCAUUGUGUCGGCGUGCUGUCGUCUUCAUUGUCCUGUUAGCCAGACUCGCUUGUAUCAAUCAGCAGCUGCACCGGAAGAGACAGUUAUUCGGAUCCCUCGCUACAUGAAGAAGCAAGUGGAAAAUGUGAAGCAGACUCGAGGCAAAAACAAGAUCAACACCGUCAGAGCUGGCAAGCUGCUGAUCCAGAGCAAGAACCCGGAUCUGAACCAGACUGCAGGAUACACUCUUGGGAGGUUCGAGCAGCCAGUCCUAUCCUCAAAAGGAUGGAAACACAACAAAUCAUUUGGGGACUAUUUUACCAUCAACAACAUCAAGACGGUGGCCCCUUUUGUUGCUGAACAUCAGAAUGAUGAGGUUGAAAAGGAAGCCUCUGUGAAGUUUAAUAACCUCCAAAUAUGUAAGGAGCUGGUCGAGACUUUGGAGAAAAUCGGCAUUACCGACCCUACCACUGUGCAGCUGCAGACCAUCCCAAAGGUCUUGAAAGGUCACAAUAUUCUCUGUGCUGCGGAGACUGGCAGUGGGAAAACUUUGAGUUACCUCCUGCCUAUUGUUCAGAGGCUAAAGGCUGAUAAGGAAUCGGAGAUGUACAAUCAGGGCACACGCAGGAUUGGGGCUGUGGUUCUUGUGCCUUCCAGAGAGCUAGCAGAGCAAGUGGCUGCUGUGUCCAGGAGUUUGUGUUCUCCGUUAGGCUUACGGACGACUAUUGUGGGUGGUGGGCGAGGUGUAGGACACAUCAAGGAGCUCUUCAAGAAGGAUCAUCCGGAUAUUUUAGUGGCCACUCCUGGAGCGCUGGUGAAGGCCCUGCGGAGAAGCUGCAUUGACUUGAGCGACCUGAGCUUCUUCGUGGUAGACGAGGCUGACACCAUGUUCGACCCCAGCUUUUCUGACAUGCUGGAGAACAUCCUUGUCAACACAAAUAUUUCUAGAGAUCCCAAAGAAACACGAGGCCUGGGCCAUAAAGCCCAGCUGCUGGUGGUGGGGGCCACCUUCCCUGGGGGUGUGGGGGAUGUGCUCAGCCAGGUGACAGAUCUUGGCAGCAUGGUUGUUAUCAAAAGCAAGAUGCUGCACUUCCUGAUGCCUCAUGUCAAGCAGAAGUUCCUGAAGGUGAGGGGUGCUGAUAAGAUCUUGGAGCUCAACCAGGCCCUGAAGCAGCUCCAACUGGAAGAAGCAGGCAGCGCUGCUCUGGUGUUCUGCAACAAGUCUGUCACCGUCAACUGGCUGGGGUACUCGCUGGAUGAGAUGGGGGUGCAGCACGCCCGUCUGCAGGGGGACAUGCCUGCCGCCGUGCGUGCAGGAAUCUACCGCGCUUUCCAGAAGGGCAGUGCAGAUGUGCUGAUAUGCACAGACAUUGCUUCACGUGGCCUGGACACAUCUCGAGUGCGCUUGGUCGUCAACUAUGACUCCCCAGAAUCCCACACGGACUACAUUCACAGGGCAGGGAGAGUGGGGAGGGCAGGAGGGAUGGAGGGAGGGGAAGUGCUCACCUUUGUCACGCAUCCAUGGGAUGUGGAGCUGGUGCAGAAGAUCGAGACUGCUGCUCGUAGGAGAACUAGUUUGCCAGGGAUGGAGUCUGAUAUACGUGAGCCGAAACCCAAAGUGGUAGAGACAGAGGUGUAGAAGAAUCUUUGUGUAUGUUUUCAGAGGGAAUAGUAUCCAGUGGGACUACAAGUCUACAAAAGCCAGACAUUUUCUAAACAGAAUAACAGAUUAUUCUUUGGCCACUAUGACUUAAAAAAGAUAAUGCUAAAUGUGAAAGAUUUACAGAUGCAAAUGCCUAGUUGUGGUUGAUCGUACAGGGGAUAGAAAUUCUACAAAAAUAUGUUCCUUUUUUGUCACCUUAGAAUCAUUAAAACAUUCAAGGUGUAGUUGAAAGGGAUAUUAAUGUUUUGGUGUAAGAUCUUAGUUCUAAACGGAAAAUAACUUGUGUGCAUUGUACAUUGUGUGUGCUUUGUAUCUUAAUUGAAUUUUGCCAUAAUUAAAAAAGAAAAAAUGUUCUGAUAGGCUUUACAUUUUGAUGUAAAUGUUAUUUAUCAGGUUCAUCUGCUCAACAGUUGUUUAUUUGGAAUUAUUAUUAUUAUUAUUAUUAUUAUGUAUAUUUAGUCCCAAUGUCACAAAGUUACAAUGUCCCCCAUCAACUGAUGCACUAUUUCUGUUUGUUAUUUUUGUUGUUUUGUUUUGUAAUAAUGCUUAAACUAAAAAAAAAAGUAAAAAUCUCCUUGAA